AUGAUCAUUGUAGAUGCAGGCACAGGAAAUGGUAUUUGGGCACUUGAAAUGGCAGCUGAAAACUUAAAUACGCAAGUCAUUGGACUUGAUUUACGCCCACCUACUGAACAACAAGGAAGACCUAAAAAUCUAAAAUACCAUGAAGCGGACAUUACAGAAACAUGGCCCUUGGAUUCCAAUUCAGUUGAUUUUAUCUUUCAACGUAGUAUGGGUCAAACGAUUCAAAAAGAACAAUGGCCUAAAGUACUGAAUGAAAUGUUGCGAGUACUAAAACCGGGUGGAACGAUUGAAUUGGUGGAAGCCGAUUUGUGGCAUCAUAAUCCUGGCCCUGUUCAGCGUGCAUUUGAUGAAUUUUAUCAAAGCCAAUGUGUUGAAAAUGGACUGGACUGGAGUUUUACUGAAAAUAUGGAUCAAGAGCUUACUUCCAUGGGUUAUGUUGAAGUAGACCAUCGUACUUUAGAUGUGCCUAUUGGUGAAUGGCCACAAGAUUCAGAACUAAAGCAGUUUGGGUUUAUUAACAAGGAAAUCCAAAAAGCUUUUUUGAGAAAUAGAAAAGGCUUUUAUGUCACUAAAUGGGGAAUUACACCUGAUGAUUAUGAAUUAGCAGUGCAAGAAGUCCUUGCUGAAUUUGAAGACUACCAUGGUUUUACCCGUUAUAACUGUUGGACUGCAAAGAAACCAACCAAUCAAUAA